AGUCCGCAGUCCCUCCGGAAGAAGAAGAGCACAGCCGCCAUUAACAUCCGAGCGGUUUGUGUUCGGCAGAAACUUCAAUGAAAGCGUCCAACCCGCUGCAAACCAAGAUACCGUGAAUACCCCAUAUCAACCGUUCCUUCAAUAGGCGUUAGCUUUAGGCAGUAUAGUUCGGGCUCGGACGGUAUAAUGUACCGCGGUCGCCCCCCGCACCGAGGAGGCUACCCGCCGCCGUUCGAAGGCCGUGGACCGCCCUUCGGCCACGCGUCGGGACGGUCUUACUCCCCGCCGUCCUACCGGGAGGAGAGGGGCAGGCCCCGGUCCCCGUACCACCAGCACGGCUACCAUGACCGCGGCCCACCGUCCGACUCCUACAGGCGCUCCCCGCCCCGGAGGAGGUACCCCUCUCCCGGGCAGGGGAGCCACCGAGGCGGGGAGUACUGGGGAAGCGGGCCGCCCAGAGAGAGAUCUCCUUCUCCACGAGGACGCCACCCCAUCGACCACAACCUGGUGAUCACCGUAGGCAACGAGCUGACGGGAAAGGGGGGGCCGCCCACUUCUCGACAUUUGUCCUCCCCAGAUGACAGGCCAAGGGGGCGGAGCCGCAGCCCCGACCGGAGCCGUGCCAAGAGCCGGGGGCGGAGCAAGAGCCGAGCUCGCUCCAGGAGCCAUAGCCAGACCCCUGAGAGGGGCCGCGCACGUAGUAAGAGCCGCGCUCGGAGCAAGAGCCGCGGGAGAAGCAAAAGCCGCGCACGUAGCAAGAGCCGCGGGAGGAGCAAGAGUCGGGUCCGCAGCAAGUCCAGAUCCAGGUCCCACUCCCGGUCCCCGUCGCGGUCCCGGUCCAGAGGGCGGAGCGCUGGACGUGGCGCCGGGCGUGCGGUGAGCCGCGGGCGCAGCAGGAGCCGGGCGAGGAGGAGCUGGAGCAGGAGCAGCAGCGGGAACAGCGUGGACAGCGACCGCACCAAGAAGCAGUUCCAGGAGCUGGAGCUGGCCCGCCGCAGGAAGGAGAUGGAGGAGCUGCUGAACCGGCCUACCAAGUCCAUCCUGAAGAAGCGCCUGGGCUCCGAGGACUCAGCCUCCCGCAUGAGCAGCGACUCCCCCAGCGGGCAGGAGGGCGGUAACAUCUCCCAGGUUGCCCAGCGCCUGCUGAGCGCGGUGAAGGGGGUGGAGCCCGAGGCCCUAGCCUCCGUCCUGGCGGAGCUGAAGGCGGACCCCCAGCUGGCCCAGCGGGUGGGGCUAGACCCUGAGAUGGCUGGGAUCCUCCAGCUGCUGGGGGUCCAUCCCGGGGGGGGCCGGGCCAAACCCAAGGACGUCAUCGAGGACGAGGAGGAGUUCCUUUACGGGGACAGUGACGACAUCAAGCCCCAGGGGCCCUCCGAGGCUGGGCGGGGGGGCCCCCCGCAGCAGCAGGCCUACUCCGAUCUCUACGGAGAGCUGACGGAGGACGCACUGUACGGGGAGCCCCAGCCCUACGCCCACCCUCCCCCCGCCCCCCAAGGCCGCCCUGCCCACAGCGACCCCGCCGUGGCCCCCCAGCAGGGAGAGGGGGCCGAGGAGUACCAGGCGAUCCAGGGCCUCCUGAAGACCAUCGGGCUGGACCUGGGGGUCACCGAGAUCAGCAAGAUGGCCGCCCGCACCAAGGAGCGUCUCCACGGCAACAAGCCCCCGCCCAAGACCCCCACCCGGCAGCAGCGCUACUCGUCGGGGAGCUCUGAGCGCAGCGGGGCGAGUGGGCGGAGCCGGCGCCGGAGGGGGCGGAGCAGCAGCAGCAGCGGCAGCUCGGACAGCAGCCGGAGCCGCGCCUCCAGCUGGAGCAGCGGCGAUGAGGAUGCCGCCGGCCGGAGGCGCCACCAGGCCCCUCCCCCCGCCGCAGCCAGGCCCCGCGCCGUCAAGCAGCUGAAGGGCGAGCGGGGCUCCUGGGAGGAGGAGCGGCAGACCCCCCCCCGCCCGGCCCCAGAGCCCGGCCCCCCGCCCGCGCCCCCCGUGGCCCCCCCCUACGGCAUGGCGCCCCCCCAGAGCUACCCCCCCCACGCCUACGGCCAGUACGGCAGCUACAUGCCCUACAUGCCCCAGCAGUGGCCCCCCAUGUACCCCCCCCCCGGCAUGCCCCAGGACUACCCAGGGCCCCCCCCCUACGAGCGGCCCUUCAACACGCUGGUGCAGCCCGACCUGACGUCGCUGAAGAGGCUGGAGAUGUCGAAGGAGCGCGAGCGGUGCAGCAAGGUCCUGUCAGAGGAGAAGAACAACGAGAGCCAGAAACAGAAGGUGCUGGAGGAGCGGGAGAAACUGCUCCAGGAGAGGGAGGUCCGCAUGAAGAAGAAGGAGUGUCUGAUGAAGGAGCUCGAGAGCCUCCGCAAACAGCAAGGCGAGCUGCUGAGGAAGAAGCGGCGGGAGAAGGACGGCCACAAGGACCCCCUGCUGUGUGAGAUCAGCGGGCUGCAGGAGAGCGUCAUGCGACAGAUCUCCGAGCUGCGUCUGGAGCACGAGGCGGCCGAGAGGAAACGCACAGAGAUCGACAAGGUGGCCCUCAUCCUGGGGCUGGACCCCUCGGACCGCCCCCGCCGGGCCCCGGCCGCGGACAAGACCGGCCCCGAGGGGGGCCCCGCUGACAAGCAGUGUGCCGAGGCGAGAUCCACUCCGAACCAAGACACGCCCCAGACGACUGGCUCCUCCCCCUUAAAGACCUCUGAGAAGUUUGAGUACUUUGACUCGGGAGAACAUUGGUGCAAAAACUGUAACGUCACCACCGGCUCCAUGUUUGUUUAUUUCACACAUUUGCAAGGCAAGGGGCACAGAAAGACUCAAGACCCCUACGACAGACCCUGGGCCCCCCCUCUCUCCAAAACCGUCAACAUCCCUUCCGGGGAGAAGGUCACCAAGCCGGCUAAAGGCUCAGAGUUUCUGCUGCCGGUGAGGGGGUUCUACUGCCGCUUGUGCAAAGAGUUUUACGGAGACGCCAUCUGUGCGGAGGAGCACGUCACGACGCACGCUCACAACGAGAAGUACAAGCUCUACAUGAUGGAUAAACCUCUCUACGAGCAGAGGAGGAGCCUCGAGCAGCAGGCCGGGCUCACCCUGGACUCUGGGAAGAAGCGCAAGCACAUGGAGGGCCCUGGAGACCACGAUAAGGAGGAGAAGUCCAAACACAAGAAGGACAAGAAGGACAAGGAGCAGAAGCGAGGGGAAGACGUGAAGAAGGAAGAGAGGUACAAACCGAACAAGGAGGAGGUGGAGGAGAAGUUCAAGUCGAGCAGCAAAGUGGAUGCGCCCAGGAAGGGGGAGGAGGCGAAGGCUGCACUCAGCAAGAUGGUGGAAGACGAGAAGCAUCGGCCCAUGAAGGACGAUCGACAACGGUACAGCCGGGAAUACAACGAGAGCGACGGGCCGAAAUACGGUAAAAGGGACGAAGUGGAAAAAUACAAACACUCCAGAGAAGACGAUUACCGCUACCGCUACCGCCAAGACGAGGAUCGAUCGAGGCCCAGCCGGGGGGAGGAGCGCCCCAGAUACGACGAGGACCGGCACCGUCCCAACAAGUACCCGGAACCCAGGUCCAAGCACGAGCGGGAGGAGCCCAAGAUCGAGAAGGAAAAAACAACACCUGUUAAAAGACAAUUCAAGGAGGAGGCAGAGGUCAAAAAGCCCGAGCCCCCCCCAAGGCCCUACGACCCUCCUAAGAUCAUGUGUGGACCCAGUCCCGCCAUGAGGGCCAAGCUGCGCAAGCAGAGCCUGGAGUCGGCCAAGGCGGCGGCGGCUACGGCCCCCGUGGUGCCAGCAGCCCCGGCCCCUCCGGCAGCCCCCCUUGGGGCUGCCUUUGGCAGAUUCACCUGGAAGAAGAAGGAGAGCGUCCUGGCCAAGGAGGCGGAACGAGUUGCCGCAGAGUUCCUGAAGGACGACGAGGCGCCAACGCCGGCGGACAAGAUUCCAGUGGAGGACUCUUUUGCCAAGUCCAUGGCGGUCGCCAAGGAGAUCGCUCUGAAGCUGUCGGGACAGCCUCCCAUGCCGCCCCCUUGGGCGGGCCAGGUGGCCCUCCGAGGAAGGAUCCGGCCAAACCUCCCGGCGCCGGCAAUUGGCCUCCGGACAACCGCCGCCGUCGCCAAGCCUGCUCCUCUGAACGCCUUCCUCUCCAUCAGACCACAAACCCCUGAAUCUGCAGCACCUGAAGACAACCCACUGGCGUCUGAACCUGUACCCAUGGAGAUUGAGGAUCAGGAUGAACCCAUACAGGAACCAGCACCGAUGCCCGUGAACAUACCGGCGCACAUACCAGCUCAGGUGUCUGUGCAAAUGCCCGUGCAGAUCCCCGUGCAGAUGCCAGUACAGAUACCGGUGCAAAUGCCAGUGGAGCCUCCUCCCCAGUUCCAACCUCCUCCCCAGUUCCAACCUCCUCCCCAGUUCCAACCUCCUCCCCAGUUCCAACCUCCUCCCCAGUUCCAACCUCCUCCCCAGUUCCAACCUCCUCCCCAGUUCCAACCUCCUCCCCAGUUCCAAGCUCCUCCCAUGUCAGGGAACCAGAGGCUGGUGGCAGUGGAGUCUGACGAGGCGGCCCCCGGGGUCCCUGCCAGUGAGCAGAUGCGGACCGUCUUCGUGAAGCCCCCUCCCUUCAUGAACUCCGGCGACGGAGCACACCGCUCGGAGAAACUCAAGACCCACCUGGCGGCAGCCAAGGCCAAGGACCUCUUCGACAUCUUCUACAGCGGAGUGAGCCAGUCUGGCCCCUCCGCCUUCCCCAAAGCAGCGACCGCAGACACCAGGACCCCGACCGGUGGGACCAAGACCGGCGAGGGCAAGAUGAAACCAUCGCAGCCGGUCCUGCAAAGCAUUACCAAACCCGUGCCUCCCCCGUCCUUCCUCCCCAAAACAACUGAACUCAAACCGGCUCUCCAACCUCUGGUCCAACAAGUACCACAGACGCCCCCAGACCCAAUACCACAGGCCCAACCAGUACUUCAGACCAGUCUUGACCCAGUACCCCAGACCCUCCCAGACCCAAUACCACAGGCCCAACCAGUACUUCAGACCAGUCUUGACCCAGUACCCCAGACCCUCCCAGACCCAAUACCACAGGCACAACCAAUACUUCAGACCAGUCUUGACCCAGUACCCCAGACCCUCCCAGACCCAAUACCACAGGCCCAACCAGUACUUCAGACCAGUCUUGACCCAGUACUCCAGACCCUCCCAGACCCAAUACCACAGGCCCAACCAGUACUUCAGACCAGUCUUGACCCAGUACCCCAGACCCUCCCAGACCCAAUACCACAGGCCCAACCAGUACCACAGAACAAACCUGACCCAUUACCACAGGUACAACCAGACCUCAGACUUGAGGCCCAACCAUGGGUACAACCAGUUACGAGCCAACCUGACCCAAUACCACAGGUCGAACCAGUACCACAGCCCCAACCUGACUUGGAGUCUCCAACUCGAUCCAAAGUACAACCAGUACUACAAAUCCAACCGGAGCCAGUACCACAGUUCCAACCAGUACUACAGAGCCAGUCUGACCCAAUACCAGAGGUCCAAUCAGUACUACAGAUCCAGUCUGACCCAACCCCACAGGUCCAACAAGUACUACAGAUCCAGCCUGACCCAUUACCAGAGGUCCAUCAAGUACUACAGAUCCAGCCUGACCCAUUACCAGAGGUCCAUCAAGAACUACAGGUCCAGUCUGAGCCAGCACACCAGACAAAACCCCAUGUACAACUUACCCCACAGGACCAGCCUGACCCCAUACCCCAGACCCAUUCCCAAGUACCCCCAGUAUCCCAGAUCCAAUCUGAAACAAUACCACAGACCCAACCGCAAGUACAACUACUAUCCCAGACCCAUCCCGACCCACAACCCGAACCCCAAACCCUUCUUGCUUUAGAGACCCAAGUUGAACCACAGAUUGGACAACUGGAUCUGCUGCCAAGUCUGCACGGCCAGGAUGAAGAUCUGGAGCUGACCACAGCUCCGACCACCCUGUCAGAGUCCCCGAAAACUCCUAAAACUAAGAGCCGAACGUCUCCGCAAGCCAAGAAGACCUCUCCGGCCUCCCGCCCUGUCCGACAGACACGCUCCCAAACCCGCUACCAGACCCGCCGGCAGCGGAGCCAGUGUGAGUCCGGAUCGGAGUCCGGCCUCGAAAGCGAAGAGGCAGCAUCCAACUCGGAAGGGCCAGACACUGGCACCAAUCUCGAGCCACAGGUGGAGCCGCAGGUGGAGCCGCAGGUGGAGGAGACGCUGUUGCCCGUUGACACCCCCCAAAACCCAGACACCCCUGACAUUAUCACCACUGAAACCCUCGGCCUGCCUUCAGACAUGAUGUCCCUGGGGUUCGAGUAUGACUUUAACUUUGAGUGAGCGAUGAUUCCAGGCUCUUCAGGAUGACUCUAGAACCAUGUUGAUUUGAUGUUUAACUCAAAUUAGCUAGCAAGCUAACCUAGUGUGCUAGCCUCUCAGGCUAGCACACUGACCAUGGAAUUGAGUAGGGAAGUCCCAGUCAGACAUUUAUGACUUUAUUUUUUUGUUUAAAAGAUCCCAGUGCUGUUCAAGUUGAGCUAACUUAUCUCGGUUCCUCGUGUGACCCCUUGCUUGUUUGCCUACGGGGGAACAUCCUGACUUUGGUUUGAUUUCUCGUGGAUUGUUAUUAUUUUUUACCCAUGACUCGCCGCAUCGCUCUACCAUUUUGUGUCCUGUUUUCCUCUUUAAACAUUUACACAAAAGUCUUUUGAUACAGAUACAAUGCCUAGUCCUGCGUUGGAAUGUUCUAGUUAGUAAAGUUUGGACCAAACCCUUUUCCCCGGAGAACUCUUCUGUGGUGUCUGAGAAGUGUCAACAUUGUCCCCUUACGAUGUUACCAUAGAAACAGGCCAUGUCAUCCCGUCGCCCUGCUCUGCCAGACUAACAGACCACCUGUCCUGUACAUGUUGAUGCUUCUGUAGUUUAAUAAUAAAGUCUAGUGACCACAGCGACCCCUCCUGUUGUUAUUAGACUUGCGCUCACUUUAUUACCUGAGAAUCGUAGCCAGCUAAAGUUACCAAGUCGAGGCUGAUGAAUCCUAGCAUUUACAUUUUAGAGAGGCAAACAAUGAUAAAGUUGGAUAAGAGGUGUACAUACAAUAAUAAAGUUGUCUAAGGUGUACAGUCAAUGAUUAAGUUGGCUAAGACAUUGACCUACACCUAGUGGAGACGGACCAAUACCAUGUCCGUUGGCUACAGGAGAAUAAUGAAUCAAUGCGUCACUACCAGCCGGUGUGGUCUCAGCCCUAGUGUUCACUAGAACCACGACCUGACGGGUCCCAGCCGAGGGUGGAGUCCAUGGGGACCCCCCCAGCAGGACACCGGGACCCGACCGGUAGGCCGGGAAGGUAAUCGUAUUAAACCUUCAGAUGGGGGCGUUUGCUUAACUUUGUGUGUAUUUAAUGAUUCAGAAAAGUUGUAUUUUGUCAAACGUUUUUUUUUUUUUCAAUAAA